UUCUUUAAUUUGGAUUUUGAUUGAGCAGUUGAGUAUGUUCCAUGGCAGUUCACUUUAUACUUCUUCGGGUUUCGCGUUCUUCUUUUGCUCAGUCAGCUUAUACUUCUUCGGGUUUCGUGUUUAGUUCCUCUACUGAAAUGGGAUUUUCUUCGGAUAGUUUUGCAAAUUUUUUCGCUGACAGUAUUCCUCUAAAUAUUCCAGAAGCCGAAAAUGAGAUUGAUGGGAAAAUUCAUCUUGAACCUUACCCUUUGGCAACUCUUCCACCGAAUCCUUUUGUUACAGACGAAGAAUUUGUAAAAGAAGCAAAUCUCAUGAUGACUGACUCUGUUGAUGCUAUGGAUGAAGAGCCACCUGCAGUUCAUGACCCUGAAUGAAGUGGAAACAAUUAUGCAUUUGUUUGUCAGAUGUCCUAUAGUUGCUCAUAUUUGGUUUGCCUUUUCAAUUCAGCAUAUGGUACCAGAUAGGAUAGAUUG